CCGAGUGGGCGGAGGCGAACGAGCGAGCGAGGAGCAGCAGGAGGAGGGCGUGCUCCCACGAUGGGGCUCGUGGCGGUGGCGGCCUGUAUGAAAUUAUCCACGGGGAGGUAACGGACGGGAGUUUUUUGGGAGCUUGCCGCCGAGUCUGCAGUGGACACGUGGUGGCCGAGGUGGUUUGGGUUUCCAGCGCACCGCCCUCUCGCCGGCGCCGGCACGGACUCGCUUCGUUGCGGAGGAGACGAAGACCUCGCUCACUUGGUCGUCGAGGAGGACUGGAAGAGAAGUUCUCCCUCGCGCCGUGACUGAGAAGGGAAACAAAUCCGUGUCAAAUCAGACAGAGCGCUUUGACUCUCCAGACCUGGUACCGUUUCACCUCUGCUGCGGAGGAGAGAACGCGGUGCCGGCGCGUGGCUUGCAGCAGACGGGGAACGCGCUUUUUCGCUCUUUAGAGCGAGCUGCGUGACGGACCGGACUCCGCUGCUAAUCUACAUGAAGAUGCUCGCUCGCGGAUUGCUAUAGAGACUCGCACGAGGAGGAGGAGGAGGGAGGGAGGGCAGCUUCUGCCGGCGAGAGGAGGAAGAGGAGAAGGCAUCGGUGCGACCAUUGCGAUGGCCGCUCAUGGCUAAGAGGAGUGAGCAGAGCCGUCCCGUCACUUCCAUCAGGCGUGCAGCUCGUGCCAUGAGGCCCGGUGACCACAUGUUCAGCUCCCACGAUGCACCUUGCUGCCGGGGCUACGCGGGCGGGGCGGCACGCGCCGACCUCGCCAAGGUCGCGGCCAUCUUGAGCGGCAGUGAUGUUGUUGGGCCCACCAACGGAGCGGAGUUCACGCGGGCGCGCGUCGAUACGCCGGCCGCUCGGUCUGGACGCCUUCCCAAUGCUGCAUGGCCCCUGGAUUUCCAAGGCGGCGAGGAUUUGCUGAACGACAGAGGCACGGCGGUGGUUUCGGUAGCGUCGGCAGGAGGUGAAGCCCCCAUGGGCCCUGGCGGAGAGGCCCCACUCAAGGGCAACUACUGUUCUCUCAGUGCCUCCACAACAUCACGGCAGAGCGGCCAUCCCAGCUGGCAAAAAUGUCAUGAUCAGCCAGACGACACUGCAAUUCCCGUCGACGAGGUGCCGGAUUUAGCGGGAAACGCUGACAAUGUGGCUGUGACUGCCAAUGGGCGGCAUGAGCUACACGGUAACCAUAGAGGCCCUGACCUCCCAACCGAAGGCGCGGGUUUGAUCACAACAGAUGGACAGGCUUCCGAGUUGAUCGCCAAAAGUGUGGCCGGGACGACAAGCCCAGACGAGGAAGGGGACAAAGAUAGCUGUAGCCUGCCCGUCAGCAUGGGUGGAGUCAUUCUGCCUUCCAUCGACACUGAGAAGGACCCAGACGUCACAGCUGAAUUUGACGUCACCAGUCCGACACCUUCGGCAUGUAUGACAGAAACCUCUAUUGAUUCGGGGGCUCAGGGUGAGGCCAGUGGUGCUUUGCUGCAAACGGAUGAGCCAGGCUCGUCCCUGGCACCCAAUGUGAGCCAGCUCUUCUGCUUGGACACUAUCCCUGAGGAGGCGAGGAGCGAGGGCCCGGAACGCAUUUUCGGCGGGCACCACGAGGCUGGCAUGGAUGAAGGUGAUCACAUCGCAGAGACCCUGAGCCUUGCGGAGCUGGGCGAUGAGGCCGAGAUCGUCCACACAGGUGUGGUGGCGCGCAAGAGGAGGCGCAAUGACCGCAGUAAGGCGGCGGCCACUCCUCGCCCUCUCGACGACGGCUCCGGCUCCCCCCCAGCUCCCACCAAAUCAGAUGCCACCGUUAGAAAGGAGAGACCCCUGCCCGACAUGACCGGCUACUCUGACGAUUUCAUGACGGACGCUGCCCUGGCUGGUGCGCAUUGUGGGGGUGCCGAAUGCCCCGGCGGAAUCGAAAGCGCACGGGAAUCAGAUGUUGUCGGUGGCGGCCCUCGUCUCCCUGCUCAGUCUCCUCCUCCGCCGGCGGCGGCGGUGGUGGUGUGGAGCAGCGGCGAUUCGGAUGCCGAGAGCAACACAAACGGCAGUGCCCUCCGCAUCGUGGAGGAGCCGGUGCAGCUGGAACCUGGGCCCAACGAGCAGCGUACGGCGGCGGUCGUCAGGAGAGGGGAGAUGAGCUCCGCGGGGAGAGGCUAUCCGCGCAUCGACUCCCUCACGGCGCUCAUGCUGAAGCUAGCCCAGCUCGACCUGGAGGUGGGGGCCCCGCUGGGUCUGUCCGGGCCUUCCUCCUCGUCCUCGACGCCCACCAACACCCCCAAGCGCCGACACUGCUCCGUCGAGUCCGAAAUAGACACAACGCUUACACCGGGGCCUCAGGGCGAGCGACAAGGCCUCCCUCCCGGUGGCGCUCCGGUGCCAAUGCCGCCAACCGCGUCGCUCGCCGAAGCGUCAGGAGCCAGGCCCAAGGCGCCGGUUCUGGCUGUGAGGCUGUACAAGGAAAAGGCUGAGCUGGAGGCCAAGGAGGCGUGCGAUUGGCUGAGAGCAGCUGGGUUUCCCCAGUAUGCACAGCUGUAUGAGGACUCACAGUUCCCCAUCAGCAUAAGGUCCGUGGUGAAGGACCACGACUUUCUGGACAGCGACUCCAUCGAGGCCCUCUGCAGGAGGUUGAAUACCCUCAACAACUGUGCAUCCAUGAAGCUAGACCGAGGCUCGCCAAGAAAACGGAGUGAGGACUCAGACGACGAGGACCUGUGCGCCAUCAGUGACAAGUGGAUGUUCCAGCGGGCCAGCAGGAGGUGGUCGAGGCUGGAGGACUUCGAGGUGUUCUCGCAGAAUUCGCUGUCCUCGGACGUGAGCUGCUCUGAGAGCGGCCACCUCAAGGACUCGUCUCCGAGCCACGAGAGCCUCCUCACGGACUUGAGCGAGCAGCAGGAGGUCACCUCCAUCCACAGCGAGAGCAGCAGCAGCAACAACGGCCUGCUUGACGACUGCCGCUUCGGCCACCAGGGUGGGCCCGGGGCCGGCAUGGCUGCGGGCGUCCACCCUUCCAAGUGGCCGUCGGAGGCCGCCGACGCGGCGCAGGUGUUGAAGGAUGCCACCAACCACCCGGUGCUUGCCUUCACCCUCUCGGUCCCAACCCCGGCUGCCGAUAAACCGCAGCCGCGUUCCAGGACCAAGAGCCUCCUGAAGCGCAUGGAGAACUUCCGCGCCAAGGGCCACAGCCACAAGAGGCGCGUGAGUGGCGGGAAGGUGGAGGGGCUCGUGAUCAGCGGGCCGGUGUCGCUGCAGGGUGGCCCCACCGAGGAGACGCUGCGGCGCCUCAACUGCGUGGACAUCGCCGAGGCAAAGAGUGCCGGCGUGGCGCGUGACCGCAGCCAAAGCGAGUCGUCUUUCCUCCUACACAGCCCUGGCGGUUGUGGCGGCGGCACCGGCGGUAACGGCAAUGGCACCGCGCAGCUGCCGGCGAGGAGCAGCAGCUAUGUGGCCGGGCAGAGCGGGUCGGUGCGGGGCCGCGGGGCGAGCAGCAAGCGUGGUGGGAUGUACCUGGGAGACUUCGACGCGCUCACGGGCCACCUGUGUGAUGGCGACGAGGACCCGGCUGCGAGGCCGCCGCGCUCGCCAAAGGACGUGGUGAUCCACCUGCCUAAGGAUCACAAGCCCGGCACGUUCCCACGCACGCUGUCCAACGAGAGCCUAGCGACGAGCGACAGCUUCUCGUCCGUCACCUGGCGCACGGGCAGCUUCAACUCGGGCAGUCGCGCCUCCUGCGAGGGCGGCGCUGGCGCUGACGAGCAGCAGCAGCAGCCGAAGCGCGGAGAGCGCCGGCGGAGAACCAACUCGUGCAGCUCCAUGGCGAGCCGGCUCAGCGUCUACGACAACGUUCCUGCCUCCCAGCUGCUGCUGCUCGCCGCCGCCGGGGACCUCUCCUCCUCGGGGGCUGAGGACGGUGAUGGCGACGCGGGGAACAAUGGACGGGUCUUCUCGCAGCUCGACGACAUUCUUCAGCAGGUGAAUGGCCUCCAGGAGAUGGUGAGCCGUUGGACGGAACGCCUCUCGCCCGACGAGCCCGAGGAUUCCGACUCGGCUCGAGACUCGACCUGCAACUCGCCCGCGUCGUCACCUCACCAACACAUGGAGCUCGAUGGCGACGCGUACAACAGCACGAGCGGGCGCACGACGCCGCCCAGCGACCUGGAGAGCACGGGAACGUCGCUCAUCGACUCUGAGGACUCGGGCAUCCAGGACCGGCGCGAGUCGAGCACCGGGCAGUCCGUGGCCAGGCCCAAUCGACGCCAGCGACUGCGCUGGCACAGCUUCCAGACAUCGCACCGGCCCAGCCUCAACUCGGCAUCACUACAGAUAAACAGCCAGUCGGUGGCCCAGAUGAGCCUGGUGCGCAAGUUCUCCCUGCUGCGGCUCACUGCUCUCAUGGAGCGGUACUCGCCCUCCAACAAGCAGGGCUGGAACUGGGGUGUUCCCAAGUUCAUGCGGCGAAUGCGCACUCCAGACUACAAGGACCGCAGUGUGUUUGGCGUUCCACUGCUGCUCAACGUGCAGCGAACGGGCCAGCCACUGCCCCAGAGCAUCCAGCAGGCAAUGCGCUACCUUCGCAGCCAGUGCCUCGACCAGGUUGGCCUGUUCCGGAAGUCGGGGGUCAAGUCCCGCAUCCAGGCGCUGCGGGAGAUGAACGAGUCCGGCGCCGAGAGCGUCAACUAUGAGGGUCAGUCGGCGUACGAUGUGGCCGACAUGCUCAAGCAGUACUUCCGGGACCUGCCUGAGCCCAUGUUCACCAGCAAGCUGGCCGACACCUUCCUGCAGAUCUAUCAAUACGUCCCCAAGGAGCAGCAGCUGCAGGCGCUGCAGGCCGGGACGAUGCUGCUGCCGGACGAGAACCGCGAGGCGCUACAGACGCUUCUCUACUUCCUGAGCGACGUGGCGGCUGCCGUGGGCGAGAACCAGAUGAGCUCCGUGAACCUCGCUGUGUGCCUGGCACCCUCGCUGUUUCACCUCAACACCGUCAAGCGCGACAACUCGACGUCCAGGGUGCGACAGAGGAAGUACAGCACAGGCAAGCCGGAUCAGAAGGACCUAAGUGAGAAUCUGGCUGCCAUCCAAGGCCUGGCUCACAUGAUUGCAGAGUGCAAGAAGCUCUUCAAGAUUCCCGAGGAAAUGGUGAGCCAGUGCCGGAGUUCAUACAUGGAGCACGACACGCAGCCCAUGAGCCUCGCUGAGCUCGGCGCUCCCGUCACCAACGGGGGAGGCCCCCCGCCGGCCAGCCCCAGCCACCGGUCCACAUCGCAGAGCUCCGUGCUGGGCCCUGAGGAGCUGCGGUCCUCCUCGACGAGCUCCAUCUCCAGGCCCGACUACCAGGCUCACCUCGAGAGCUGCAUACAAGGGCUGCUCAAGGAGGCUCGUGACAAGUUCAAGGGCUGGGUCACGUGCUCCAGUUUGGAGAGCAGCACUGAGGUGGCCUACAAGAAGGUCGGAGACGGGCACCUGCUGCGUCUGUGGAAGACGACCGUUGAAGUGGAAGCCCCGCCCCCAAGGGUCCUGCAGCGAAUCAGGUCGGAGCGCCACCUCUGGGACGAAGAUCUGCUGCAGUGGAAGGUGGUGGAGACACUCGACCCCAACACAGAGGUCUUCUACUACGUACUCAACAGCAUGGCGCCGCACCCUGCGCGCGACUACCUGGUGCUCAGGUCGUGGAGGACGGACCUGCCCAAGGGCUCGUGCGUGCUCGUGGCCACGUCCGUGGAGCAUGAAGAGGUGCCCUGUGUGGGGGAGGCGCGCGCUGUCGUGCUCGCGUCACGCUACCUCAUCGAGCCGCUCGGAGCCAAUCGAUCCCGCCUCACCCAUGUGUGCCGCAUCGACACCAGGGGUCGAUCGCUGGACUGGUACAACAAGGUGUUCGGUCACCUGUGCGCAUCCAAAGUAGCCAUGAUACGCGACUCCUUUAAAAAGCCAAAGACUGACUUCCCCGAGACCAAAGUGUGAUUGAGUCAGAGCCGCGGGUGAGCAUUCAGGACGACAAAUGCAAUGAGGAGUGCAUGGACGGAUGAGAGAUUCGAAUGUGAUCCUACAGAGAGUGAGAUGUAGUUAAAAGUAUGAGAAGCAAAAAAAAAAACUAUACAAGAAUUUAAACAGAAGGCACUGGCGGCCAUCGUGUUGAACUUUUACCUGCGGAUUUGCGACGUGGAGGUGGAAGAGCGAGAACUUUUUAGCUUGAAGACAAUCCUGAUGUGUUCCCAGUCAACUUGCAAAAAAGCCAUCCCGGUGAUAUUUACUGUAUUCUCGGCCUGUGCACGCACAUGUUUUACAGCCGUUCAUGCUGCUCCCUGUUACACGUCUUGGGUCAGUGGUGGGUUACUCAAAUAAUACUGCUUUCGUUGUGCAAGCGCCUUUACAAAGAUUGUAUGAAGUUCAGCUUUGCUUCAAAGAAGCGUGUGCUUUUAUAAUAAGAAGAAAACACCUGCUUUCUGAGUAGGGAGAUGGAAUAGGAGCAAAUGGUGGUGAUAAAGAUAGGGCAGUGAACCGUUGAAUGAAAAUGUAGUAUUGAUUUCAUGUUACUGGCACAAAACAUACUAUAUUUGCUUUCACGGUCGCAUUGCAAUUAAGUAUAUAUGUGUACACAUGUUUGCCUAAAUGUGAUGAAUUGUCAAAGGAAUGUGUCAUUUUUGAAGUUUCGGAUGUGCUACAUGAAUAUGGUAUUUAUGCAUAAUUCCCAAAUUUCAAUGAAAUGCUCAAACAUCAGCACAGGACAUAGUUAAAUGUGCAGCCUAUUACUAAAAAUGAGAGCACGCUUUAUCUGAGUGUGCAGUUUUGUUUUGUUUUAUUGUUCGCACUUUUGUUAAUUCUGCAUAUACCAGCUGCCAGAUGUUUUGGCUAGCAUUUCUUCAAACGGACCUUCAUUUUUUUUUCAAAACAGCUCUGGUGUUCUACCCAAUCACAACAUGUUAUGCAUCUGUGGUCAGAAUAUGGAGUGCACAAGUCACUCAGUGCUUUAAGAGAUCUGAAUAUCUAGUGUUCAUUCUAAUUUACCGCAGAUAUUAAUGGGCUAGAUAUCCUACUUUGAUUUGCUGCACACCCCAUCUACACAAUGCAACAAUCCUGUCGCUGCCAAAACAUUGUCUUUCAAUAGUGGAUUCAUAGUGUACAAUCCUAUGCGCUAUUGGUGCUACUAUGCAGAACAAUGCAUCUGAUGUUGUCAUGUGAAUGCUCUUUAAAGGUUAAUGGACAGUUUGUAAGUAAGGAAUUUAUUGUCAUUGAAAGAAAAACCCUUUUCUUAUUUUGCAACCAUGUGGCUCAGGCGGCAUGUGUUUUUUGUGAUCAUGCGCUCAAGUGAAGGUAACAACAAGAUCUACACUUAUACUGUGGUCGCCAAGCUCAGUGUCCUUUCAGAGGAUCCACAUGACUAGCAAGCCUAGGCUAUUCCUUAUGGGGCCACCCCUCAAGCUUCACCCCCCUGCUUUCCAUUGCCACCCUCAAGGGCUCGCAGAUUCCCUUUUGCGUUUGCACCUGCACAAGCAUUUGCUGACAAAGUUUGCCAAAAAGGCAUUUUAGGGAUGUACACCCUUUCAAUGUACUUCUGCACAUUCCACUUGCCAACAGAAUUUACCCUGACUGUUCAAAUACCCAUUUUGCCUUUUAAAGCUUUGGAGCCCUGCAAAUAAAAACUUUAGUGAGGCCCAAAACGUUCCUAGUCACAACUUUGGGUCAAUCCCACAUUUUGUUCUGUCUAAAGAGUAGAGGGAAAAAGUAAGUUUGCAUUUAAUGUAAUACAGUAUUUUGUCUUAAUGUGAUUAGAGGCUGUUUUAUUAAGAGACAGAAGUACGCCUGGUGACUGUCACCUGAAGUCAAGUUUAGCUUUUUUAAAUGUUUUAAUUAACUCCAUUUAUAACUCUGCAUCCACAGCUCUGCUUUGCAUUAAGUUGCAUUGUACCUGUAAGUGUUUCAUUUGCAAACGGUUACUGCAUGAUUAUUGUUUUAACUUUCUUGUACUUAAAGCCAUAAAGUGAUCCUAAAGCCAGAUUUAAUUCAACAGCUGCUUGUGCAUUUCUAGUAUGAAUGUAAAUCGUGUUUUCCCCUCCACUCAGCGUGCGGAAAUUGCUUUGCGAUUUAGACAACGUAUAUAUGUAAUAUUCCAUCUACAGUCAGUAUUAUUCUGCCAGGACAUGUUUGUCAUCUGUAAGUAACUAUUUAUACUCCAAUUUUUAUAUAUUUUAUAUGCAGUAUUUUAUGUUUCAAAGUUUGUGUAAAUAAUGUUUGCGAUGUGUUACGAAUUAAAGGAGCUAUGUUCAAUAAAGUAUUGGUUCCUAAAUGUG